AAAUCAAAGAGCUAUUCGCACCACUAGUGUUAACCGUUAUUGAGGCUACUUUUUGCCAACUCAUUUUAUUCCAAAUUGUUGUAUUCAGCGGAUUGUCGUCAUGUAUUUGUCACUUAUUAUUUCCAUAUUGUUCAACUGUAUGCGCCUGGCUCUAGGCGCCAUCGACGACGAUUGCCCAUCGCUGGCAAAUGGCGACAACUUGUCGCAGACGCAGUUGCUCGAUCGCCUUACACAUGGCUGUCGCUAUGAUCGCCUGGAGCGUCCCGUUACUUACACCGAGGAUGGGGCACGUCUGCCCGUGGAUGUGUACAUGCGCGCCUAUAUCUAUUUUGUACAGAAUCUGGAGGCACACGAUUUGCAGUUCAAAAUAUUUGCCCUGUUGCAAAUGCGCUACUUGGAUCCCCGACUGAAUUUCCGCCACGUGGCACCCAAGCGCUUGCAGCCCAUUUUGGGGGAGCAGCAAUUGCGCGACAACAUCUGGCUGCCACACAUAUUUCUGGCCAACGAGCGUGAUUCCAGUAUAUUGGGCACCAAGGAAAAGGAUAUAUUGACAUCCAUAUCGCCGGAUGGAACUGUCAUUGUCUCGUCGCGCAUCAAGGCCACACUCUAUUGCUGGCUAAAUCUCAAGAAAUUUCCAUUCGAUGAGCAGCACUGCUCCACAGUCCUGGAAAGCUGGAUGUACAACACAUCAGAGUUGGUGCUGCAUUGGGAACAAAGGCGGCCCAUUACAUACGACCCAGCAUUGCACUUAACCGAAUUUCUUCUGCAGCGCUCCUGGUCCAAUGAAACGGUAAUUAAUGCAGACUUGAGCGACUUGCGUCACGGUGCCUUUGCCGGCAAUUAUAGCUCGCUAAGCUUCACGGUUCACCUGACGCGCGUGGUGGGCUUCUACUUGAUGGACUACUUUUUGCCCUCCAUGCUGAUUGUGGCCAUCUCGUGGGUAUCUUUCUGGCUGCAAGCGGAUCAGGCGCCCCCUCGCAUUACUCUGGGCACCAGUACUAUGUUGACAUUCAUAACACUGGCCUCGGCUCAAGGCAAAACCCUGCCAAAGGUUAGCUAUAUAAAGGUGUCGGAGGUUUGGUUUCUGGGCUGCACGAUCUUCAUAUUCGGGAGCAUGCUGGAAUUUGCUUUUGUGAAUACCAUUUGGCGUCGCAAACGCAACGUGCCCGUUCGAAAGCUCAAUAGCCGUCAUAUUCUUAAGUCGACGCUCUCGCCGCAUCUGCUGCGUCGGCGCAGCCAUGCCCGGUCGCGAUCCUUUUCGGGUAUUUUGCGGCAAAUGGAGAACAGCUCGCUGGGUGGCAAUCAGCCGUUCAAUAACUAUUUAACUGUCAACUUGCCAAUCACGACUAUAACAGAAGGGCAAGUGAUGAGCCAGAAUUCAGAUCGCAAGCGCAAGGGUAGUCUCGAUAUGCUCAGCACUGGUACCACUAAUCGCAAGCUGGACGUAAACUUUGUUGAAAGUGCUUUAGGUGCUGCUGCUUCGACGGCUACUGCGUCGGUUUCCAAUGCAGUCAGCAUGGAUCUGCCCGAUUUUAGCAGCAAUAACAAUUUGUUGGGCGAAGAGUUUAGCCAUGAGGAACAGAUUGCAUCUACUGGUUGGACAACGCUUACACCACAAGAAAUAGCCAUAUGGAUUGAUAAUCGAGCUCGUUUUAUGUUUCCUUUAGCAUUUUUAGCAUUUAAUGUGUUCUUUUGGUCGUUCGUUUAUUGCAUUUAAAGUUAUGUGUCGUUAUUUCUAUUUAAACCAAAUUGUAUGUUUGUUAGUGGUUUUUAUUUCUAUAUUCG